CAUCUCAUCUCUUGUUAUACUCGCCCAUCUCAUUCCCGCUCCAUCUGUUAUCCAUACACCACCACAAUAUUCCUUCUUCUGCUUUCGCCCUUGUUUAUUUCUCGUCCCCUGCGUUAUUUUGGUCCGGCCAGCUGUCAUCCCGUGACCCAGCACAAAUCGACAGACAAGCAUGGCCUUCCCCGUGUAUCUCAAGAACGGGGAUGAGGUUAAAAUAAACGACCACGUCUACUGCUCACCGCCCUGGGCGGUGCGUGACGGCACACCCUACUCAGUAGCUCGCAUAAUGGAGUUUCUACCACCAGAAGACACGCCAAAGGGUGCUGAUGGCCAAUACUACUUAUACAGCCGCGUGCGCCUCGCGUGGUACUACCGUCCGAGCGACGUCAGCGACCGCCCGGUAACAGACUCGCGCCUACUUCUGGCAGCGAUAUAUUCGGAAGUGUGCGAUAUCAAUCAGCUCCGGGCGAAAUGCUAUGUCGUGCAUCGAGACAAGAUAUCUGAUUUGUCGGGGUGGAAGAAGAGACCGGACAGGUUCUACUUCAAUCGCUUAUUUGAUCCCUACAUCAAAAAGGAAUUCGAGAUCAUUCAGGCGACCGAUGUUCGAAACCUGCCGGAUAACAUUAGAGAGGUACUCACAUCCCGCUACGAAUAUGUCGUGGCAGAAAAGGAAGUCAUUCCUGAUCUGACCGACGUAUUACGACUAUGCGACACCUGUGAGGUUUGGUGCCCCAGUCAAGACUCAGUCCAAUGUGACCGCUGCAAACGUUAUUUCCAUAUGCGGUGUGUCCAGCCUCCGCUCGUAGCCAAGCCAUCACGUGGUUACGGAUGGACUUGCGCGCCUUGCUCAAAACGGCACGAGGAGGAGGUCGACAACAGGGAAGCCCGGCCGAUAUCUUCUAAGAAAACGAAUGCUCCACCUGCAAGAAGUCGGGGACGACCGCGGAAGGACAAGACUCAGGCCGAUAGGGAGGAGAAGCUGGCCAUCAAACAUUUCCGGAUGUGGCCUUUUCGGUAUUUUGGGCAGUAUACCGUGGCUGAAGAUACUCUGGAUCCAGAAGACUUGAUCUUCCCCCGCGCAGCCACGCGGUUGGGCCUCAAGUUCCAAGCGGUCGUACCUGCAUCAUCCGACAUUGCCAUGGAUGUUGAUGAGGUGCCUGAGAGAACAGAGCAGGACGAACGAGGAGGAGAAAACACUAUCGAAGUCCUCAGCAUCAUCAACACUUUGCGUGAAAGCGAGGUCUCAGCCAUCGAGACACACAAGAAGACGCUCACAACGGACAAGAAGCUCUCCAGUUCCGUGGAUUGGUUGACAGAGGUGAUUCACCGAUUCACCGCUGCUGUGCUACUCGAGCGACCACUUUCUUCCGUGGACAUGAAGUCGCCGAUGCGAACCCAGAAGUGGAAGCGAUCUGAGACGCGGUAUAUAGACAAAGAUUGGACGCCAGAGGAAGUCGCCGCCUUCGAGGACGGCAUUGCUGCUCAUGGGGCUGAACUUAGAGCGGUUCGAGAGGAGAUAGGGACCCGAACGAUCUUCGAAGUGGUUCGAUUCUACGGAUUGUGGAAGAGCACUAAACUCGGAGAAGAGAAUGCGGCCAUUCGGGAGCACGGCAGACCAAGUAGACCUCUCGGGCGAAAGCAUCAGAACCCGGUAGAAGCUGCGAACGGGCAGCGGGUGGGAUUGGCAGACGAAGAGGCGUCGGUGAUCAGCAAUCCUAGCAAGGCCCCGACGUGUGGCGCAUGCCGAACUCGGGAGUCAAAGACUUGGUGGAAAGCCCCAAAGGGCCUGUCGACGAGUGUGCUUUGUGACAGCUGCGGGACGAACUGGCGCCGAUAUGCUGAUCUCAACGUGCGUGCGAUGGUCCGGGAGGAAUCUGUGCCGGCCCAGCCGAAGAAGCCUGUCCUGGACAAACGGGAAGGAACCCCUUUGACCGCACCCGUAACCAAGCGUGCAAGGACAUCUGCUUCGGCGCAUUCAACAUCACCACCCGCGGUCUCAACGGCACCUCAGCUGCGAUGCAUGGCUUGCCACAAGAACGGCGCACUAGGCAAAGUGAUUAAAUGCAAGCAAUGUCAGUUCCGAUGUCACGCCGGCAGCUGCGGAGCUGUCGUUGACCCGGACUCGCUGGAUUCCUGGCUCUGCGACGUGUGCCAGAAUGAGGCAUCGCAGGAGGCAGCGCUUGACGCUGUGUGUCUGUUAUGCCCGCGGCAGAUCGGAGUAAAUCCGCCCGAUUCAUUUCUGCAGGCGCGGAAGCCUACCGAAGGACAAGGGUGGACGCACGUGCUGUGCUCUCUAUUCAUCGGGGAUCUUCAAUACACAGAUGCUACCAGACUUCGCUGCGUGGAAGGCGUCAGUGCGAUUCCACUGCAUCGCUGGGAUUCGAGAUGCUCAUUAUGUGGCAUUGUGCAAGGGGUCACCAUCAAAUGCUCCGAUUGCAGUACAUUAUAUCAUGCUUCCUGUGCCUGGCGCCAAGGCCACAAGUUCGGCUUCGAGAUCAAUCCCGUCAAAGCCAAUCGUCGAGAUACUACGACGGUCGUGACCUUCCGAGGUGAAUCGGGGAGUAUGACACCAGUCGUGUUGUGCAAAGAACACGACCACAGCAAACGCAUCAUUUAUGGGUUCUGUCAGACCAGUGAGGGCGGAGAGACUGCGCUGCAAGUCUACUCUCGCGCCUACAAACAAGCGCCCACAUCCCAGGCGCACGGUCUUCUUCGGAAGGCCCGUCGUCUGGACACGUUGCUCGCCAGUCGCAACCAAGCCUCCGCUCUUCUGUACAUAGAAGAACCACGCACUGGGCCGGCCGAUCCCGAGUGUUACCGGUGUCACACGCAGUAUUCGCCUUUGUUCUAUCCCGUGAAAGCACCUGGGGGCGAUGCUUUCGUCUGCCAUACGUGUCAUUUUGGAGAGCAGGAAACCGGGGCUGUUGAACGUAAGGAGAACGGGCUGGCUAAUGGACAUCGCGUGGAGGACGUUGAUGUCGUCAUGGUUUCUGAUUAGGCUGGAAUUGCGUCGCAUUAUCUUGUUAUUUCGUAGCUGCUUUCUGUAUCAUGUAUGUACUUCCUUAAACGGAAUGAACCAUAGACCACAAUUGUAUCCCGUCGGGUUAAGUGACGUGCGAACUUUCUGCUGGCUCAGAUCGUCUCGUCUACAUUCCAAUGUGCGUAGUAAAUACAGAUGGUGCUUAAUGGAUAGCGAAUAGGUUGUGACAGUAAAGGUUGCAGUUGUAAAAUAUACCAUAAGAUAUCCGUUCCCCAAUCUACGGUGUGUUCUUCACCCGUUUGUAGAACAGAACGUAGGCACGUUGGUUCUGUGGCGUGAGAUGGAUCAGACAUAAAAAAGACCGUAGAUGGCAUAAUGAGAGACGCACAACGACCUGUUUCUCGUCCACGGACCGGAUACUGCUGUCGUCACAGGAUUUCCAUCCAUCCCGGUCAGCAAUAAAUGCCGUGUCUGUUUCCAGGAUCAGUGCCCGGAACGGAAUCGGAGAGACGAAAACGAGAACACACAAUGACCGCUGGUGAGGUUACCCGUGUGGUUUGUCACUGCGUACAGAUUGUACUUGUACGGCGGAAGCUGGACCCGAGGAUCAUCCGAGCUCAUGGGCAUCCCACCAUUGAGCUGGCUCUUGUCCGCACCCGGAGGUAGCGGCGGCGGCAUGAAGUUGGUGAGGUCCAGCGACUUGAGUGGAUAAUCGACGAAGGUAUCGAUCUUGUCCGAAAACCGGCCAUGGAUCUCGAAGCGUUUCAAGUGGAUCACCAGGAUCGGGGGAAGCCGUGCCAGAGACAACUCCUUCGUGGCACGCCUUUUUGUUUUGCACUUGGGGCAGUCCC